UGUUAUAACUCGACUUCAACUCUCUUACAAUGUUGAGUAGAAUUGUAAAUAUGAAGGAGACGUACUCUUUCGCAUUCAAUUUCAGUAUGGACGAAUAUUACGAGUUUCUCUCCGAACAGCAUUCGGAAGAGCUACUCCCCAAUACAAUAUUGCAACUGAUUGCAGCUGUCUUUGGGAUGUUCGGAAACACUCUUGUUCUUUUGUUGUACGGUAAAUAUAUACAAGAUAAAAGUGGUUCUCGAUAUUUUAUUCCAGCUCUGGCUUUUGUGGAUCUUGUUGGAUGUUUAUCGAAUGCAGUCCAUUAUUACCUGGAUGAUACUGUGUACUAUAAUUACCCUGGGCUCAGUUUAUGUAAAACAUUGUACUUUUUGAUAUUGUUCACUGGAGGAUUUUCUGCUCAUUUAAUCCUUGUGAUUGCAUUGCAAAGGUAUCUGUUCAUCUGUCGUCCAUUUGGCCAGCAAAUGACAAAGAAAUUGCGCCGAAUAUCAGUUUCAAUUAUAUUUUUGUUCUCCUUUGGUUACUCACUUCCAUCAUCGAGAUUGAUUGGACGAGAAUUGAUUUCGAACGAGUUAAUUUCUUCCCAGCAAGUCAUUAGUUGUAGAUCUAAUGAUUUUAGUUUCAAAGGACAUCGAGUGAUGAUCUGGUACUUGGGGAUUUUACUACUGUUUAUUUUAUUAAACAUCGGUGUUACAUCUGCCCUGUACAUUCCUGUUAUUAGAGUUCUGUAUAAAUCUUUUUCGCACGGAACACCAAACGAUCGCAAUCAUCGGGAUUACAAUGCCAAUACUCGUUCUGAAGAAAGGCGUAUAUCCGAUAUGGAAAAUAUUGAUAUGGAGGAACGUCCUAAACAAGAUGUAAGACGAAAUAAUUUUGAACAUUGCAACAAAUCAAUAGACGACCGGAACCGGAAGUUAAAAGCGAGACAGAGAAUAACCAUCAUGUUUCUUGUCAUCAUUAUUGUGUACAUAGCUUCGUAUUUGACGACACUCGUUACACAAAUCUUCGCCUUUGCAGAGCGCAGUGUUAUGGACUUAAAAGGAUAUAGGCUGAAUAUUCUAUAUUUUUGUCUCCGUUUUAACCUUCUGAAUCAUAUUGCAAAUCCAUACAUUUACUGGAUUUUUGACAUCAAAUGUAGACAGGAACUGAGAAAGUUGUCUCGUUAUUGUAUCUUCAAACAUUAGAUUUUUGCAAUGAAUUCAUAAGCACUAUUGUUUUUGUUAUAUUUUUGUCAAUUUGAGUUUCUUACUGAAUGAAAGCAAAGUUCAUUACAAUUAUUAAAUGUAUAUAACAGUAACAGAAAUAAUGUUCAUUGUGUUAAAAUUUUCUUUGAAUAUCAUCAAAAUUCGAAAUCGUGUCUACAGCGUAUAUUGGACAUAACUAAUACAUAUAUCAGGCGGAAGCAUCUGUUGAAGAAAUAAUAGAUAUA